GUGCGCCUGCGCAGUUGUUAGAUCGCGCGGCUGCUGGAGGCUUGCGAUGAAGCGUAUUUUCACAUUGCUAGAGAAGACUUGGCUUGGUACACCAAUACAAUUUACCUGGCAAAAAACAUCAGGAAACUACCUUGCAGUAACAGGAGCUGAUCAUACUGUGAAAAUCUUUGAUCGCCAUGGUCAAAAAAAAAGUGAAAUUAACUUGCCUGGCAACUGCGUUGCCAUGGAUUGGGAUAAAGACGGAGAUAUCCUAGCAGUGAUCGCUGAGAAGUCUACUUGCAUUUACCUGUGGGAUGCCAACACAAAUAAAACCAGCCAGCUAGACAAUGGCAUGCGGGAUCACAUGUCUUUCCUUCUUUGGUCAAAAAUUGGAAAUUUCCUGGCUGUUGGAACUGUGAAAGGAAAUUUGCUUAUUUAUAACCAUCAGACAUCUCGAAAGAUUCCUGUCAUUGGAAAACAUACCAAGAAAAUUACGUGCGGAUGUUGGAAUGCAGAAAAUCUGCUUGGUUUGGGCAGUGAAGAUAAAAUGAUUACAGUUAGUAAUCAGGAAGGUGACACGAUAAGACAGAUGCAAGUGAGUGCAGAGCCAAGUGACAUGCAGUUUUCCACAGUGAAGACUGAUGACCAGACUUCUGCUACUGAAAACACAGUAAGAAUUAUCAGUGUGGUGACUGGCAGGAAAACGUUGUUUCUUUUCUAUCUGAAUGAUCCAGAUAGUUCAAUGUAUAUGGAAUUUCAGCAGUGUUAUGGCAACAUUGUCUGCUAUAGUUGGUAUGGAGAUGGCUACAUCAUGAUUGGUUUUUCACGUGGAAUUUUUGUGGUCAUUUCCACUCACAAGCAAGAAAUUGGUCAAGAGAUAUUUCAGGCUCGUGGCCAUAAAGAUAAUCUAACCAGUAUUGCAGUAUCACAGACUCUUAACAAAGCUGCUUCAUGUGGAGAUAACUGCAUUAAAAUCCAUGACUUGUCAGAAUUAAGGGACCUAUAUGCUAUCGUCAAUCUGGAUGAUGAAAAUAAAGGCUUGGGCACAUUAUCCUGGACGGAUGACGGCCAGUUGCUGGCAUUGUCAACCCAAAGGGGCUCCCUGCACGUGUUCCUGACCAAGCUCCCCAUCCUCGGGGACUCCUGCUUCACCCGGAUCGCAUACCUCACCUCCCUCCUGGAAGUCACCAUCGCCAACCAUGUGGAAGGAGAGCUGCCGAUCACAAUUUCUGUUGAUGUGGAACCCACCUUUGUGGCAGUGGGUCUUUACCAUCUGGCUGUAGGAAUGAACAACCGAGCCUGGUUCUAUGUCCUGGGAGAGAACGCUGUGAAAAAGCUAAAAGAUGUGGAGUAUCUGGGAACAGUGGCCAGUAUUUGCCUUCAUUCUGAGUAUGCAGCCGCACUUUUUGAAGGCAGAGUCCAGCUACACCUGAUAGAGAGUGAGAUCGUGGAUGCCCAAGAAGAACGCGAGACACGCCUCUUCCCAGCCCUGGAUGAGAAGUGCCGCAUUCUGUGUCACGCCUUAACGUGUGAGUUCCUCAUCUACGGCACCGACACUGGUGUCAUCCAGUAUUUCUACAUUGAAGACUGGCAGUUUGUUAAUGAUUAUCGACAUCCUGUCAGCGUGAAAAAGAUUUUUCCUGAUGCAAAUGGGACCAGAUUAGUUUUCAUUGAUGAAAAAAGUGAUGGAUUUGUCUACUGUCCUGUUAACGAUGCAACCUAUGAGAUUCCUGACUUUUCACCAGCCAUUAAAGGUGUUCUUUGGGAAAACUGGCCACUGGAUAAAGGCGUGUUCAUUGCUUACGAUGAUGAUAAGGUGUAUACUUACGUCUUUCACAAGGACACUAUACAAGGAUCCAAGGUGAUUUGGGCUGGUAGCACCAAACUUCCCUUUGCUCAUAAACCUUUGCUCCUAUACAAUGGAGAGCUGACCUGCCAGACACAGAGUGGAAAAACAAACACCGUCUACCUCAGCACCCACAGCUUCCUCAGCAGUUCAAAGGACGCGGGGCCCGAGGAACUGCGGCAAAUGUUGGCACAGACACUGACACUCCAGAGGUUCAUGGACGCCUGGGACAUCUGCAAGAUUCUGAACAGCCCCGCCACGUGGGACGAGUUGGCCCGGAGCUGCCUGCACCACAUGGAGGUAGACCUUGCCAUCCUCGUGUACCGGACAAUCAGAAACGUUGGCAUGGUGAUGUCCUUGGAGCAAAUAAAGGGCAUAGAGGACUACCAUCUUUUGGCCGGACAUCUUGCCAUGUUUACGAAUGACUUCAACCUGGCCCAGGACCUGUACCUCGCAUCCAGCUGCCCUGUGGCUGCCCUGGAGAUGAGGAGGGAUUUACAGCAUUGGGACAGCGCUCUGCAGCUGGCGAAACGCCUGGCCCCAGACCAAAUACCAUUUAUCUCAAAAGAAUACGCUGUUCAGCUGGAGUUCACGGGAGAUUAUGCAAAUGCUUUGGCUCAUUAUGAGAAAGGAAUAACAGGUGAUAACAAGGACCACGACGAGCUGUGCCUGGCUGGUGUGGCCCAGAUGUCCAUCCGGAUGGGCGACAUCCGCCGAGGCGUGCACCAAGCCCUCCAGCACCCCAGCAGGAUCCUGAAGAGAGACUGUGGAGCCAUCUUGGAGAAUAUGAAGCAAUUUUCAGAAGCAGCCCAGCUGUACGAAAAGGGCCUCUACCACGACAAAGCCGCAUCUGUUUACAUCCGCUGCAAGAACUGGGCAAAAGUUGGCGAGCUUCUGCCUCACGUCUCUUCUCCGAAGAUCCACUUGCAGUAUGCCAAAGCUAAAGAAGCAGAUGGGAGAUACAAGGAAGCUGUCGUGGCUUAUGAGAAUGCCAAGCAGUGGAACAGUGUGAUCCGCCUCUACCUGGACCACCUCAAUAACCCGGAGAAGGCCGUCAGCAUCGUCAGAGAGACCCAGUCUCUGGAUGGAGCCAAGAUGGUGGCCAGGUUUUUCCUGCAGCUGGGUGACUACGGCUCUGCCAUCCAGUUCCUUGUCAUGUCGAAGUGUAACAACGAAGCUUUCACUCUGGCCCAGCAGCACAACCAAAUGGAAAUCUAUGCAGACAUCAUUGGUUCUGAAGACACAUCCAAUGAGGACUACCAAAGCAUUGCCUUAUACUUUGAAGGAGAAAAAAGACAUUUUCAGGCUGGAAAGUUCUUCCUUCUGUGCGGCCAAUACUCACGAGCGCUGAAACACUUCCUGAAAUGCCCAAGCUCAGAAGACAAUAUGGCAAUAGAAAUGGCGAUUGAAACUGUUGGCCAGGCCAAAGAUGAGCUGCUGACCAGCCAGCUGAUAGACCACCUGAUGGGGGAGAACGACGGCAUGCCCAAGGAUGCUAAGUAUCUGUUCCGCUUGUACAUGGCUCUGAAACAAUACCGAGAAGCUGCCCGGACUGCCAUUAUAAUUGCCAGAGAAGAGCAGUCUGCAGGGAACUAUCGCAACGCACAUGACGUUCUCUUCAGCAUGUAUGCAGAAUUGAAAUCCCAGAAGAUCAAAAUUCCCUCUGAGAUGGUCACCAACCUCAUGAUUCUACACAGUUACAUACUCGUGAAGAUCCAUGUUAAAAACGGUGACCACAGGAAAGGGGCGCGCAUGCUCAUUCGAGUGGCCAACAACAUCAGCAAGUUUCCAUCACACAUCGUGCCGAUCCUGACGUCGACUGUGAUUGAGUGCCACAGGGCGGGCCUGAAGAACUCCGCUUUCAGCUUUGCGGCCAUGCUCAUGAGGCCCGAGUACCGCAACAAGAUAGAUGCCAAAUACAAAAAGAAGAUCGAGGCCAUGGUCAGGAGACCGGAUACAUCUGAGACAGAAGAGCCCACCACCCCAUGUCCAUUCUGCCAGUUUCUUCUCCCGGAGUGCGAACUCCUCUGUCCUGGGUGUAAAAACAACAUCCCCUACUGCAUCGCAACAGGUCGACAUAUGUUGAAAGAUGACUGGACAGUGUGUCCACACUGUGACUUCCCGGCGCUAUACUCAGAAUUUAAGAUCUUGUUAAACACUGAAAGCACAUGUCCUAUGUGUUCAGAGAGGUUAAACUCCACCCACCUGAAAAGAAUGCUAGACUGCACCCCGUACCUACGCCCCGAGGUGGGACAGUGAGGAGCACACAGGAGGUGGCGUUGUUCUUCCACAGAGAACAGCUACAGCCCAGGCGGCCUGCCCUCAUACACAGCCGCUAUUCCAGACUGGAAAUAUCCCAUUUGAAUGUUGUUGUGCUUCUGCUGAACGUUCCAGAAAUGCACAGAAAAUGUGGCUGCAUUACUCAAAGCGGCCGUUACGUGGCACCCUCCUAAAGGUACCCAGUUGUCCUUUCCAGAGGUGACACUCCUUCCUGAAAGACACAUUUGUCCUGAGGCUGAGCUUCCACUCCUGCUGGAUUUCAGGACAGUCCUUCCUGGCUUCAGAAAAAGAGAUGACCUCCCUUCAGCACUUCCAACUCUGUUUAGUGACAUGUAACCUUGCUGUUUAUUGUAUUUUGUAUAUCUUGUCUCCAACAUUUUACAUAUUCUAUGUUCUGUACUAUAAUCUAUAACAACUGUAAAUAUUCAGCCUUUUGAUAGCUUUUAUAUUUUGAAAUAUCACCUUUAAAAUAAAA